CUGUGGCAGUGAUGGCCUUGGUGUGUUUUUAAAACAUUAUUUUAUUGGCUCAUCAAAGACUUUACACACAUUUUAAAACAAAUGGAAGUCUAGACCAGGAAAAUCUAGUUAAGCUUCCACUUUAAAUUCUCUCUUAAGAAUGCCAGUAAAAAUAUAGAAGCACUUGCAAAGGAUUCAUUUGGAAACUACUUGGCUUUUUAACCAUUAAAACUUUGAAAUAAUAAUACUCAACAGUUGGAAUAUGCCAAAUUGCAACCUAUGCUAGUUUAAAUUGUGUGACGCUGCCAUGGUUUUGUCUGGUGUAUGAUCUUUUAUAAAUGCUAAAUAGUUCUGCAGCACCAUUAAAAUUAAUGACCGAACAAAACGUAAAAUAUUUUUUUUUAAACCCAGUUCAUCCAGAAUUGCAAUGUUUGAAAACUUCUCGUAUUGCCCUUAUUUUUAAAAAAAUGCACAAGUAUGAUUUUAGUCUAACCAUAACAUCGAUUUGAAUGAACAAAUCCACCCAUGGCUAUACAUAUCAAACAUUUAAAAUCUACCGUAAAAGGACCAUUGCUCCAGUGUCAAAUAACGGAAUGAUUUCUCCAGUAAAAAACGCGUAUUAACGAUAACCGUGAUGUAAACUCAUCACUGGGUGCGCUUCGUUGGAAUAAAAAAAAAAAAUAGGAAUCGGUCUGGUCCGUAUAGCCUUUCCCCGCAAAUGGAACACACCGUUGCCCCCCUAAACAUUCUUGUCGACGCGUCUGUGCGAGGCUGUACCCCUGUUGUGUCAAACGUGGGCAUGUGACAGCGACUGGCUGGAGGUGGUGGUUGCUUGCUUUGCAUUGGCUGAUGGCGGACUCGGUUUUUGCGGUUAUAUUUAGCUAUUGGUUCACACUGCAGUUCUCUAGUCGAGAAGCCUCCCUCACAGUCCCAGCAGUGACAUACUGAGAGAAAAAACCAAACCAGUGCAGGUCUGCGUCAAGCAACACAAGGCGUUCAUGCGUUACGGCGAGACUCCGGACCUGAAGUCGAAAAUACAUCAUCCGGAGGUUUAACAAACCCUUUUGUUUGCGGAGCUCUUUCCCCCCGAGACGCAGGACAUUUCAAGUUUGAACAACACUGCGCCCAAUAGCCGACUCGCAAGGUUCUGCAAAUGGCCAGUCCCGGUUUUGAUAUUGGGCGAAAUUCACACCAACAACAUCAGCAUCAGCAGUCUGAAUCGGCUCCCGAACCAGCUUUUCAAGAGGCGCAAAAAUGGAUCGAGGGGGUGACCGGCCGGUGCUUUGGUGAAAGGGAUUUUAGGAGCAGCCUGGAGAACGGGAUUCUGCUGUGCGAGCUCCUCAGCUCUAUUAAACCAGGACUGGUGAAAAAGAUAAACCGGCUUCCCACUCCCAUCGCUGGACUGGAUAACCUGUCUCUGUUUCUGCGGGGAUGUGAGAGCCUGGGUCUGAAGGGCACUCAGCUGUUUGAUCCUGGAGACCUGCAGGACACGUCCGUGCGAGCCAACCUCAGGGGCUCAGACUGCAGCAGAAAGCUGAAGAAUGUUUUAAUCACGAUAUACUGGCUGGGGAAGGCGGCUCAGAACAGCACAGAGUACAGCGGGCCCACACUGGACCUGAAGGUGUUCGAAGGGCUGCUGUCCCAGAUGAAAAAGGAGUCUGAGGACACUGAGAACCCGAAGAGGAACAUUGGGGACAGCGGUUACAUAGACGGUUGUGACGCGGAGCGCAGUGAUUCGCUCUCGCCCCCUCGCCACGGGCGCGACGACUCCUUCGACAGCCUGGACUCGCUCGGCUCGCGCUCACGGCAGACCCCCUCCCCCGACGUGGUGAUCCGGGCCUGCAGCGAGGGCCGCGGCAGCGACUCGGAGUCCGACGCGCCCCCCCGGAAGCUUCCGGACGUGCGGAAGGACGACAUGCUCACCCGCCGCACCUCCAGCAACGAGCCGCGCUCCACCGUGCCCUUCAACCAGUACCUGCCCAAUAAGAGCAACCCCGGCGCCUACAUCCCCACCCCCCUGCGCAAGAAGAGGGCGGAGCGGGAGGAGGGGCGGGCCGGAGGAAGCACGGCCACCUCCCCUACUGGGGGAGAGAGACCGUUCAGCCACCCUGAGACCAUCCUGGAGGAGGGUUCUGUGUUGAAGGAGGGUCAGGUCCCGUUUAAGAGGCUGGUGGGGCCAAAGAUAGAGGCGGGACACGUCCGGCAGAAAACGGUCACCUGGGGCGGGGAGAGCCGGGCAGAGCCAGGCCCGUGGGAGGGGCAAGAGGAGCAGGAAGUGCGCAGGAUGCAGAAGCUGGAGAAGGCGGGGAUCCGCGUACUUCCUGCUACCGUCCGCUACAGCAGCCUGAGACACGUUGCGGGGGAGGAGCCAAGGGAGGAAGCCCCGCCCCCCGUCCCCAGCAUCGUCCUGCGCAAGGACAACGAGUUCCUGAAGCUGCAGCCGGAGCACGCCUGGGACUCCGAGGAAGAGGAGGGGGAGGAAGGGCGCCGGCUGCCGGACGUGCAGAAGGACGACCUGGCCUCCCGCAGGGCCAGGGCGAGCCGGAACGCUCCCAGGGUGCAACACUUCCUGCCCUCGGCCUGCAGCGGGCGGGACCGGGAGGAGUGGGAGGGGAUCCGGCGGGCGUGGCAGCAGGCGGCGCACAGUGAAAGUGAGGCCCCCACCACCCCCCGUAAAGAGAAGGAGGAGCAGGAGGAAGUGGGGCUGGGGGUCGCCCCCCAGGCCCUCCCCAACGUGGAGAAGGACGAUCUGUCCCGCAGGAGAGUCCAAAGCAGGCCCCUCCCCCUCAGAGACCCCCUGCAGACCUUUGUGCAGGCCUCCAUCACCCCGUCCGACCUGGAGAAGUGGCAGCGCCUCAAGAUGACCACCGAGCCCAGUGAGACCCCUCCCCCUGAGACGUCCCACGCUGCCCCCCGUAAAGAGAAGGAGGAGCAGGAGGAAGUGGGGCAGGCGGUCGCCCCCCAGGCCCUCCCCAACGUGGAGAAGGACGAUCUGUCCCGCAGGAGAAUCCAAAGCAGGCCCCUCCCCCUCAGAGACCCCCUGCAGACCUUUGUGCAGGCCUCCAUCACCCCGUCCGACCUGGAGAAGUGGCAGCGCCUCAAGAUGACCACCGAGCCCAGCGAGGAGCCCCCUGUUUGCCAGGCCUGCCUGGAAAAGGGCACCCUGCCCCCCGCCAUCCGGGCCGAGACCGCGGAGCAGGACGACCUGGCGACGCGUCGGGUCCGCGCCCAGCGCAGCAGCGCCCCCGCUGGCCGGCAGCGCUUCGUGCACUUCGGCCCCGUGACCGAGAUGGACCAGAAGUGCUGGGAGAGGCUGAGCAUUGCGCGGCCGGGGCAGGAGGAGGAGGAGGAGUGGGCGGGGCCGGGGAGCGAGGCCCAGACCCUCCGCCGCCUCCUCGCCUCAGCCGCUGUGGCCACGCCCACUAUUGGCCUGAGCUCCCAGCUGACUGAGAGGCCGGCCAGUGCUGGGCUGAGCGACAGGGAGCUGGCCUACCUGCAAGCUGCAGGAGGCGGACCAGACCUAACCUCACCCUACGAGCUGGCCUACCGGGAGAACGAGGCUCUGGACCAGAAGCUGGCCCACUACAGAGAGCGUGAGGAGGAAGAGGAGGAGGACGAAGAGGCUGGAGAGAGGGAGGGAAAGCAGCCUGACCUGGAGAAAGAUGACAUGCUGGCACGAAGGACUGGGGCUUUCCAGAAGCAGAGUGGGGGCCCCUCCUUCAGCAGAUUCCUUCCACAGCCGGUGUCCCACAGGGGGGUCCUGCUAGUUUCCCCCAAUACCAGGGCUGAGGCCCUGUCAGACACCCCUAAAACCAAGGCUGAGGCCCUGUCAGACACCCCUAAAACCAGGACAGAGGCCCUGUCAGGCACCCCUAAAACCAGGACAGAGGCCCUACUAGAUACUCGCAAAACCAGGACAGAGGCCCUACUAGAUACUCGCAAAACCAAGACAGAGGCGCUGCCAGAUACCCCUAAAACCAAGACAGAGCCCCUGCCAGACACCCACAAAGCCGGGACAGAAGCCCUGCCAGAUGACUCAGAGAGAGAGCCUUUCACGGAUAGCUCUAAAAGUUGGGGGAAGAUGAACACCAGGAGACCCAAAGCCAGACAGGAGCUCAGGUGGGAUGAGACGACGUUCAUACACGUGCUCGUCAUUAACGCGUGUGGUGGAGUGCAUGGUAGGACGGCAGUGUUGCGAGUCACUGGUGAGAGUGAUCUAAACUUCCAACGUAAACUAUCUCGUGAUAAACACCCGAGACUGGUCUGUCAAGCCUUUUUUUUUUGGGGUGUUUUUGCAUGGUGGAAAAAGAGUGAUGGGCGUGCCUCGUGUUCCAGUCUUUGGCUCACUGUCCUUGGUAUGUCGUUCCAUAGUGUUGCCACGUCAACGUUUCAUCACCCAGAAACCCAGAACGUAAUGCUGCAUCUCCCAGGACCCCGGAAAACAGAGCAUCAUCACUCAGACACCCAGAAAAUCAAGCGCAAUCACCCGGACCCCCCGAAAUAUGUGGUUGCCUCUGCCGCACCUGUUCCUGGAGUAGCAGAGGUGGUCCACGUGACCGCUGCCUGCCUGGACAGUCCUGACGACCGUGGCGAUGAUGAUGCUGAUUAUAAAGAAGAGGGCCUUCCAGAUUUGGAGAAAGAUGACAUGCAUGCUCGCAGGACCGGAAAGUUCCAGAAAGCGCCAGUCGGCAAUGUUACGUCAACCUUUAACCUUUUCUUACCUGUGCCCGGAUCUGUGAAAUUCAAAUCUACACCUACGCCCGCCUCCAACCCCUUGUCUCCGUCCAUCAGUCCCGCAAAGCCAGAGCAAGACACGCACAGUAGCUCAAGCACCUUCUCGGCAGAACUAUACCGCCCACCCGUCACAGCUGCUGCCAGGACAACGGCUACCACGACAGCCUCCGUCACCAUGACGAUCCCUGCGGCCGGCGCGCCCGGGGAGAGUCCCGAUGCCGGGGGGGAGCAGCGCCCUCUGGUGGCCUGCCGAGGCACUGACACCGUCACCCCCAAACUUGCGCCCCACACCCUCUCCCCAAAACACACCGGCGCCACCUCCGCACCCCCCCUGCCCCCCUCCAGCACCCAGCAGGGCCAGGCUGGGGUGCAGCCGGUCAAGCCGUACCGAAGACCCUCCUGGUUAGAUGAUGAUGAUGACCUCCCCCCAAUGAGCGUGAGCAUGACCGACAUGCGCUGCGAGGACGAGGCCCAGCCGCUCGGCGACACACGGCAGGAGCUCAUGCACAACCAGUACAACAAGCACAGGGAGGACGAGAACCAGUGGCAGGACGACCUGGCACGCUGGAAGAACCGCAGGAGGACUGCUGCUCAGGACCUGAUAAAGAAGGAGGAAGAGAGGAAAAAGAUGGAGAAGCUGAUGGGCGGGGACGAUAGCGCGUCCCAGCGGAGAAAGAGCAUCAAGACCUACAAGGAGAUUGUGGAGGAAAAGGAGCGCAGAGAGCAGGAGCUGCGUGAGGCGUACCGUAGCGCUCGCACCCCCGAGGAGGCCGCGUCCGUGCUGCACCGCUACGCCCUGCGCUACACCAUCAGCGAGGCCGUCCUGGAGAAGCUGCAGCUGCCCAAAGCCACGGACCCCGCUGGGACUGGCCCCGCCCCGUCGCCUGGCCCCUCCCCCGUGUCAGGCUCCGCCCCGUCGCCUGGCCCCUCCCCCUCAACAGGCCCCGCCCCAUCACCUGGCCCCUCCCGCCCUUCAGGCCCCGCCCCGUUGACUGGCCCCUCCCCUGCGUCAGGCCCCACCCCGUCACCUGGCCCCUCCCCCGCAUCAGGCCCAGCCCCGUCGCCUGGCCCCUCCCCCUCAACAGGCCCCACCCUGUCGCCUGGCCCCUCCCCCUCUACAGGCUUUGCCCCGUCGACUGGCCCCUCCCCCGCGCCAGGCCCCACCCUGUCGCCUGGCCCCUCCCCCUCUACAGGCUUUGCCCCGUCGCCUGGCCCCUCCCCCUCUUCUGGCCCCGCCCCUUCCCAGACCACAGACUCCUGCACCGUGACCACUGCCCUGACGCCCAAGUUCUGCGCCACACUGGAGACUGUAACAGUGGGCCCCCAAACUCAGACUAAGGCCCCAGCAGUACAGGCCUACUCCCUGGAGCACGCCCCCAGCCACGCCCCUACCCGCGCCUCCCACAGCAAGCCUGUGCCUCUUCUGAGUCCCAAACCGUACGUCCAGCCCACAAGCGCACAGAUGAGCGUAAAGUCAGUCAAGGCUGACGGGAUGGUGCGGGUUAAUGGAGAGACGGGGGAGCCGUGCAGCAGAGUGGAGGCCAGUGUGCAGGGCGUUAGGGCGGAGUCUCUCUCCCCAGUACAGCCUCCUACCGCCCAGAGGAAGGACACGCCUCCCAGUCACCCUGAGCAGGAAGCCCCGCCCACACACCCCAGGACCCUGCCCACAAGUAACAGGUCCCUGGAUCUGGCUCGGAGUGGAGAUGGACCGGUCCUCAGUCCCCCGAAAAAGAGCGUAUUUGAGCCCACAGAGGGAAACGCCCCCUCGCCUUGGUCUCCACCGUUGCCAGAGGGCGUGGAGAAAGACAGCUCAUCUCAGGUGGAUCACUGGUCUUGGGACCCUGAUGAGGAACGGAAGCGUCAAGAGAGAUGGCAGCAGAAGCAGGAGCGCUUGCUUCAGGAGCAGUAUGAGGAGGAGCAGGAGAAGCUGCGGAGGGAGUGGGAGAGGGCGCAGAAGGAGGUGGCGGAGGAGGAGAGGAAGUAUCACGAGGAGGAGAGAAGGAUUUUGGAAGAGACGGUGGCGCCCCUGACACCCCGCUCCUCCAGGAUGUCCUCACCCACCCGGGGGGACGUGCCACCGCCUGGCAAACCCCAGGACGCCAUCCUCCCAUCGCCAGCCAACCUGGAGCGAAUGCAGGAGCUGCUGGACAAGCAGGCGACACGCCCAGAGGAAGUGGUUAUGGGACAGAAGGACCACAGCGUACAGGGGACAGACAGAAGAUCGCUCCUCCAGGCUCCAGUCCAGACGGAGCUGAACGCAGCUCCUCAGCAGAACGGCCAGAGCCUCCCUGUGGAACCUGCCGGAACCACAACGCCCCAGCGGCCUUUCAGCCCGAACACACCCUGGAGCAGUAUACAGACCCAGAGCCCACAGCAGGAGGUGGAGGGGGUGCAGAAGAAGACUGCCUCUUUGGAUCGCAACCUGAACCCAGAGCAGACACAGCCUAGAGGAGCUAAGAGGUCUGGAUCUUGUGACAGUGUAGCAGCAAACUCAUCACCUGCAUGCCCAUCUUCCAUUCAGCCUCAGUCCCCAAACAGGUCAGUGAGUGGGAAGAAGCUGUGCUCCAGCUGUGCCCACCCUCUGGGUAAAGGUGCUGCCAUGAUCAUCGAGAGCCUCAGUCUCUACUUCCACAUACAGUGUUUCAAGUGUGGGGUCUGUAAAGGUCAGAUCGGGGACACCAGCACAGGGACUGAUGUCAGAAUUCGCAAUGGCCUCCUCAACUGCCAGCAGUGCUAUCAAAGAUCACGUGCUGCGGGCCAGCCCACCACCUUGUGACCCGUCUGGGCCUCAUCUCCACACAGCUGAAGCACAGAGAACAUUUCGGUUUGUCGAAACCUUGUUUUUUUUCGAGAGAGACAAUCGCCGCUGGGACCCCAAUCAGGACUUAAGCGUUGGAGCACUGACAUUUUCCUAACUCACGAGAAUUGAAGUUAGAAUGACCUUAACUUUGUCUCGCCACAAAAAUAGGGAAAUGGUUUGAUAAGCUAAGAACUGGACUUCACUGGAUGUACCGUAUACCGACCCAACUGAUCUCUGAAUCCUAUUGUACCUUCUUGUUUCAUUUGGAAUUCUAUAUAAAACAUUAAUGAUGCAAUAUGGGAGUCCGCUAAUGCAAUAAUUUUGUUUCUGUAACAAAAUAUUAUGCAAAAGAAGUGCAUGUAUUUUCUCAUAUGACAAUACUGUCUUAUUUUCAGUGUGCAUGCUCUGUUAAGUGGCUGGUUUUUGCUUCUCGUUCGUUCGCAAAAUGAAGACCCGCUGUGUGAUACAAUGGUUCUUUUUCUCCCUUUGUAUCCAGUGGGCAUUAGGGUAGGUCAGCAAGGACUUAAAUAUCAAUCGCACUGGAACUGCUCCUUACUUUUAGAUUCACUAUGACAUUGCCAAUUUCUCUCAUGUUGUAGAGACGUGUGCACUUAAGUAACACACUCGUAGGGAUCUCUCAGACGUCCAGUGCAAGUUGUGUUGUCCAAAUUUUACAGUAUCUGUCUGUAUUUCGAUAUACUGGAGACACCAAGCCAAAACGGAUCAAAUAAUUCUGGCUCUGUCAUUUGUUUUUGUUUGUUUGUUGUGAAUGGCGAAGUAUCGCUCGUAUCCUUCUCCCUGUAAAAUGGGAGAUGGGUGUGCACAGCAGCCGGAUAUUUGUGAUUCUUUAACUGGACUCUAGUACUGCAGUCAGAGCUCUGAUUCGGCUGCCUGCAGUAGCGUGCAUGGAGGAUGCGGAGCUUUCAAUGGCUUUAGAACACUGAGUGUGUCUUUUGACUGGCCGAUUAAAAAAAAAAAAACAUUUUUGGCCAGGAGUUUUUUUUUUUUUUUGACUGACCUUUUUAAUUAUUUAUUUUUGGAAUGCCAGAGCUCGGCGUAGAGUCCGUUUCAUCUGGCGACACCUUGUAUGUGGAGCCCAGCUCAACAAUGACCCGCCUGCCUUAAAGGGUUUUACGAAGGCAGGUCAGAAGCUUUGGGUUCAUAUAUUUAACGAGUGGUUGUUGCAUCUUUAGUUUAUUUACAUGUCAAAUUUGGUUUUGGGUGGUAUCACCGAUGAUUGCUGUAACUUAUUUUAAGAGAGAAUGCAUGGUUGAUUUUGCAGAGAUGGUUUUCCCUUGACACCUUCAUUUUAAAUCUUAUUUCUGUUGCCGUCGAGAUGAUAUUAAACCUGUGCCUUAGGAAUGCAAACGAUUGCACAUAUUCUGGGAUGACGGGUCUGGAGAGUCAAUCCGAAGAUUAUGUUAUUUUAUGGUUAAUUUACUCUAGUGUGAGAUUAAUGUGCACGUCACACCCAGAGGAAGAAUAGGGCUGUUGUCGGGGGUUUGAAUGAUCCUGCUUGUGCUUCUUUUAACUUUACUUACCCACACGGAACAUCUAAAAUCAAAAAUGUUUCCAAGUGUAAUGAAACUUUGCCUUUAGUGCUUUGAGAUUCUGAUAAAUACACUCGAAAUUACCUUUUUUUUCAAACCAGCACCCUAUUUUCCAUGUGUAGCCAAUACAGUUAUGAUUUCCCAUAUCUGAAUGUAGAUUGGACAUUGGUGCUAUCGGGUUGAAAAUAUUACAACAUUAAGCUGCUGGCAAUUUCUUCUUAUUUUUGGUAACAUUCUAAUUGAACCAGAACCACUGUUCUACCUCCAGCGAACCUCCACGUCAUGGCCUGUAGAACCAUUUCAUGACGUAGUUGCAUAUGCCAGUUGCCCGAGAUAAGAGGCUGCGGAAUCGCCCCGCCCCCUCCUCUUUCCUUUGGAAAAUCCCCCGAAAUUCUAGAACGGAAGGGAUCUCGAACUUAAGCAUAUUCCCCUUUCAUUACGUUUGCGGUGGAAAGACCAUUUAGAUACUUUAGUAUUCCGUAAAUAUGUAUUAUGUCAGUGUUUCAAUUCUGCUUGCGUAUGACAAAAUUUUGAUGAAAUCCAAGUUGUGACCUGAUUAGGGGGAGGGUCAAUGAAAAAGGCAAUAAUGGGGCCUUCUCUGAGCAAGGGAGAGGGGCAUAUGUAAGCAAUGGCAACGAUAACACAUGCGUUUAAGUUCUGUAUUUAUUACGAUUUUCAUUUGAAAGCUAUUAAAAUAACAGAUUAAAUAAAUGUUGAAAUGAAAUGGCUUUUAUAGCAAUUGUAUGUUUGUAAAUAAAAUGUUCACAAUGUA